GGGGGAAGAUGAUCGAUGUACAUAGAGCGAUGAAUACUUUUGAUUAUGACGAGAUUGAUGAAUGCAUGAGAGAUUUGGACGUCAUCGCCUUUUUCCAUUUGCUCUUUUGCCCCUUUGUUCCUGUUGCGGAUCCAUUUUGGUGGUCACUUAUCUCUGCCGUGCCUGGCGAUGACGUCGAUGCUUGACGUCAUGUACCCCGGACUCACCACCAACUUCGAUCUAUAAAUACACCCACAGCAUCAACACAACACAACAACAAUACA